AAAUGGGCGAGCUGGGAACUGGCUUCACCAGAGCUGAGCAUGGGAGCAUCUGGGGGAAAGUGAGCCCUCGUCCAUCAGCCUGCCUCUCCUCUGCCUGCUCAGUAGCCAAGGACCCCAGUAACUCACUGUGCCGCCAUGGCCACCUCAGCGAGUUCCCACCUGAGCAAAGCUAUAAAGCAGAUGUACAUGAAGCUUCCUCAGGGUGAAAAGGUGCAAGCUAUGUACAUCUGGAUUGAUGGGACUGGGGAGCACCUGCGCUGUAAAACCCGGACGCUGGACCAAGAGCCCAAGAGCAUUGAAGAUCUACCUGAGUGGAACUUUGACGGCUCUAGCACCUUGCAGUCUGAGGGUUCAAACAGUGACAUGUACCUUCUCCCUGCUGCCAUGUUCCGGGACCCUUUCCGCAAGGACCCUAACAAGCUGGUUCUUUGUGAGGUCUUCAAGUACAACCGCAAGCCAGCUGAGUCAAACCUACGGCACACCUGUAAACGGAUUAUGGAUAUGGUGUCCAACCAGAUCCCCUGGUUUGGGAUGGAGCAGGAAUAUACUCUUCUUGGGACAGACGGACAUCCAUUUGGUUGGCCUUCCAAUGGCUUCCCUGGGCCCCAGGGUCCAUAUUACUGUGGCGUAGGAGCAGACAAAGCCUAUGGCAGAGACAUUGUGGAAGCGCAUUAUCGGGCAUGUCUCUAUGCUGGUGUUAAAAUUGGAGGAACAAAUGCAGAAGUGAUGCCCGCACAGUGGGAAUUCCAGGUGGGCCCAUGCGAAGGGAUUGAGAUGGGGGAUCACCUCUGGAUUGCACGCUUCAUCCUACAUCGGGUGUGUGAAGACUUUGGGGUAAUCGUGUCCUUCGAUCCCAAGCCCAUCUCUGGGAAUUGGAAUGGAGCUGGUUGCCACACCAACUUCAGCGCCAAGUCCAUGAGGGAGGAAGGAGGCCUCAAGCAUAUAGAAGAGGCCAUUGAGAAGCUCAGCAAGCGGCACCAGUACCACAUCCGUGCUUAUGACCCAAAAGGGGGGCUGGACAACGCCAGGCGCCUAACGGGCUUCCACGAGACAUCCAGCAUCCACGAAUUCUCUGCUGGCGUGGCCAACCGUGGGGCCAGUAUCCGUAUCCCCAGAAACGUGGGCCAAGAAAAGAAGGGCUACUUCGAGGACCGCCGGCCCUCUGCCAACUGUGACCCUUAUGCUGUGACGGAGGCACUAAUCCGUACGUGUCUUCUCAGCGAAACCGGGGAUGAGCCCUUUGAGUACAAGAACUAAGUGGACUGCCCCCUGACAGACACCGCCUGCCCCCAAAUGUGCCCUCAGAAUUACAUCUAGAAGGGACAAGUUACCACUUUGUGUCCCAGUAACUCUUGUUGUGUUGGGGGAGGGAGCAUUUAGUUCUUGUCAAUGUCUCUUUGUUGAUGCUUGAGAGGAGGAGUGUGCGUUAGAGAAGAAUUUUAACCACUGUUUUGUCUAAUUCAUCUGUAUGUCUGACAGGACCCGGUGGCUUCCAUGGACACGGGGCGAUAGGCUGAAGGAAGGUGGAUGGACAAGAGGCUGUAGUGGGUUUUGCCCAAGAGAGUCUAACUUCCAUGAUAACAACAUACAUAACUAAACUCUCCAUAGACCAGUUGUCCUUGGAUUUGAGUUAUUCAGAGGAGAAAGGAGUAAAGCAGCUAUGAUAGAUUCUGACACCUUUGCAAACUUACACAUGGUGGGAAAUUUCCCUUCUCUGGCUUUGAUAAGACUCUUGGGCAUCUUCUUGCAUUCUACUGUCCCAGCUAAAUGUGGGAGCUGGUAGCAAAAUUCCUCCUUGCUCUGUUAUUGGAAGCCACUCGAUUUCCUGUGUAUAACAGAGUGAAGUAGUGUUUGUUUUUUUAUAUUUAAAUGUAAAAACAAAAAAAAACCCUAUGAUCUUCUUCUUCUUUUUUUUUUAAAGAUUGUUCCAAUAACUCAGCCAGCUAGAGCAGGCAGGGUUCCUGAAGGUACUGUUGGAGGUGGACCUCCAGCGUGGGCUAGAGCAGAGGGUAGAAUUGGGGGUGGGGGGCUUUGCCAUUCCUGGCAGGACAUCAGUUCAGCACUUGGAAGGUAGCAGUAACGAUUGUAACUUAAACUCGAGCUGAUGCGGGUGUGUGGCAUGGCUGAAACACAAGGAGGAUGUUCUAAAUUAUGAGUUGGCUGGUCAACUUAACUGUGUUAGCAAUGGGGUCAUGGGUGUUUUAUUUUCCAGUGGGAUUAGCAUGUCACUAAAGCAGGGCUUUUCAUAAGAAGAAACAACUUUUAGAUUUUAAUAAUGUUUUUAGGGUUUCUAAAGUUGUACAGUUUUACAGAGACCAUUGGUGUUAACUGUUGAUAUGUCCUGGCACGCAAACUACAUGCCACCUAGCCAGGACUAUGCUGAUGAGGGGGCUCUGUGCCACCUGCCCUCCUUUCCCAGGCUGCCCCUAAGUUCUCUCAGGGGAAUGCCUAGUGGGUUCAAAAGUUCUGGGAUUUUGGAUGAUGCCAAUAUAUGCCAUUGCAUUUGGAUUUACAAAUAGUUUCUUUUUAUAAUAACAAAAAAACUUAAUUCUGA